ACCCCUGCUCAUAUUAGGCAAGUUCGUGGCUGCAACGGAACAAACAGCAUUUACAGAGAUGAAUUCGUCAAAGUGCAAAGUCUCUACCGAGACUGCAAGUACAAGCAAUGUGCUACACUGUGCGAGGAUCUCCUAGGUUUGAAGGUAAGUGCAACCCUGGGGCCUUUGCAUCCAUUGCACGAAGGCUUCCUGUGGUACUACCAUGCCACUUGCUACGAGUGUAUGGGUCUGGCUGCCCAUAGUUUCUCUAAGAACAAACUUCAUUUCCUAGAACUAGCGAGGGAUGGUCUCGACACGACCUUGAGAGUACUCCCAUUAGCUUAUGCAACCUCUGCCCGUGGCAUCUAUGAGGAACACGAAGAAUCGCCUCUUCCCACUACGAUCCCGACCAAAGCUGCAGCCUACCGUUACAACAUCAUUUACCAACCAGAGACCCCUUCCGUCCGGCCUUCUACCGCUCCUAUCUCAACUUCACCAGACAGUACCUACUCUGUGCACUCCCACACUUCGGAACCACUAUCUGUUUUCGACGGAGAAGAGAGCCCUGCCCCGUACCAGACCUACAUGCCACCGCCCAAUCCCACAAAACAGGAGGAUCCGCCAGGUUGGACUCCACUAGUGGUUCUAGAUUCGACCCAUAAGGAUCGCCUGAUCAAAAGCCUUAGCACAAUGCACAAAUUGGCGGAUGGUCUCGUGCCUUCACCACUGUUUAGCCGUUCAAGGAGAAAUACUAGCACCUAUAAGGAAGCUCACGGAGAAGGUGACGGCACGCCUCGGCCCUUGCCACCAUUGCCCUUCAAUCACACUGUAAAGUUCCAGAUUCAGGGCGACCGAAUCGUCCAAAUCCCCAAUUCUACUCCCGUACGCAAGACAGCUGUGCAGACUCUCAUCAGCCUCUUUGAAGGCUCGCUUCCCCUUCCGCUUCCGCACUCUCCCUCGUCCACCAACUCCUCCUGGUCGAUAUCUCCAUUCACACCCAGGUUUACACAGAUCAAAGAAGCCUUCAGCCCGGUCCCCCACAACCACCACCUUGAAGCGUACCUCGACUCUGCUGACCUGAGUUGCUACAACGCCAGCCUGGCAGAAUUCCGCCACCAGCUGCGGAAACAAAUCUCCUUCAUCAGUGACCAGAUCCACCAAGUCCAGGCUGCUCAGGCGGAUCAUGCUAAAUCCAAAAUCUUGACUCAAAAUCCCCUUGCGAGUUUCUGGUCCUUCGAACAGGCUUCCACCUCUAGCUCUGACUCGAUAAUAUCAGGAGAUGGUAGAGAGGUCGAAGACCUACAAGCGGUUGCCAAGAAAGCUCGCAUCGAAAAACUACGCCUCAAUGGAUGGGCAGUAUCUAAGGAACGCCACGGGUUCAAAGGGGAGCAGUAUUACGAGAAUCUCAGACGCGUCGCAGAGCGUGAGCUCAACGUCUGUGCUAGGCUGCAUACACGAAUU